AUGGCAGCCCCCACCCAAUCCCAUAACGCCUUACCCGAUGGCUUCAGUGUCACUACUAUCACUCUUGACCUGAAUCGCGCGGAGUUCAAACGGUUUCUACACGCCAGCCAAGACGUGCCCGGAACGAAAGAGUAUUGGUCGGCUCCCCCAACCUCCAUUCUUUGGCUCAGCUGUCAUCCCCACAAUUCUUACUACGACAAGGACGGCAAGGGCUGGGAGGCUAUCGAGAGAAAACAUGUUGCGACGCUGAUCCGCGCCUUUACAAACAUCCGAGCGAAAUUCCCGACUCUCCAACCGGUAUACGGUGUUAUAGCCAUUGGGGUGGAUCUGCGACUGUACAGGGAGAGGCUGAACACAGAGAAUGAAGCCGAGAAUGGAAAGCUUGCGGUGGAGCAGUUCUGGUUCAACGAAAAGAACGUUUUUCACGAUUUUAACGACAUCGAAAUCGUGAAGCAGUGGAUGUCAUCCAUCCCUCUCAACUUUGAGCCGGAUACACGUCUUAAGUCUGACCUUAAGGAACUCUAUGGUUGGGAUCCCAUUUUCAUCGACUUGUUGGGUAUGUCUUGGCUGGAUUCAGAUUGA